AUUUACACUAACUCUUGUUUUCACCAAUUUUUAACAGACCGUCACCCACGACCAUGGAGCAAGGGCAGGCUGUGCUGCAUCCAGGUGUGCCCAGGUCAAACCCGUCGGGAUGGAGUCGGGCAAGGUCAAGGACAAGCAGCUUUUUGCCUGCUCGGAGUUUGGUCCGGAGUUCGGGCCUAGGAGGGGGCGUCUCAACAUGCAGCGUAACAUGCCCAAACAUGGAGUGGGGGGGUGGAAGGCUCUAACUAAUGACGAUCAGCAGUGGAUCGAGGUGGACCUUCUGUAUGACCGACUGAUCCUGGGGAUUGUGACCCAGGGGAGACAGGACUUGGGCAGGAGGGGUGGGGAGUGGGUCACGUCCUAUACCAUACAGUACAAGAAAAACCUCAGCCCUGUCUAUCUGUACUACAGUACUGAUGGAGGCCCUAAGGUGUUUCCAGGUAAUUUUGACAAGAACACACCUGUGAAGAACCUUCUGCCCGAACCCCUGGAGGCCAGGUGGAUCCGCAUCAACCCUCGCACGUGGAACAACCACAUCUCCAUGAGGUUUGAACUACUGGAGUGUGGAGGUUACUGUGCGCGACUUGAACCAGUCGGAAUGGAGGCACAGAUCAUCCGCACCAACCAGUACAAGGCUUCUUCCAUCUACAACGCGAGGAAACGCCCCGGGCUUGCCUUCUAUGGCUACCUGAACAACCCCGAUGGUGCCUGGUCUCCGCACACCAUCCACAAUGGGCAUUACAUAGAGAUUGAUCUGGGGAAGGACAAGCUGAUCGGGGGUAUCGUGACGCAGGGUCGGCCUGGGAAGGGGUUCCUGACAGAAGAGUGGGUCACUUCCUACAACAUACAGUACAGGAACAACUCUUGCAAUGCAGUGGACUAUCUCAGAGAUAACAAGGGCAACCCUCAGAUAUUUGGAGGAAACUUCGACAAGGUGACCGCCGUGAGGCACAUCUUCGCCCAGCCGUUCCGUGCUCGCUACGUGCGCGUGCGCCCGCGCAGCUGGCACAACUACAUUAGCCUGCGUAUGGAGCUGCUGGAAUGUGCAGGUGGGCUGAUCGGGCCCUAAGUACGGCAGGCAAGGAACCAUCCCAGCUUCACUCACACAACACACUGCACAAAAACUCAAAUUUCCGGGAAUUUCUGGGACCUGGAACACCCGUGAAACUUGACGUGUCCAGGUCAUGUCCAGGAAUAUAUGGGAAUUUCAAUGAUGGGACACACUGGAUGGAUACACGACCAGGAUAUGUCGAGUUUCACGUGUUUGUCAGAGCCCAGAAAUUCCCGGAAAUUUGAGUUUUCAUGCAGUGAGAUCACCUCAUCUUUAACAAUGACGACUCUCACUGAUGUUAGCCUGGGUACCAUCCAAUUU